AUGGCAGAUAUUGGGGAUCAACCAGUGCAGACACCAGCUACACUAACAGCUGACAAGACAAAUCCCGAACCCCUUCCAACGACAAUCAUAGAAGACCGACCCAAAGAUGUUCACAUCGCCAUGCCAGAAUCGUCCAAAACCAUUGACACAAUAAAGUCUAACAAAAAAUCCAACCCGAUAAAAAAGCUCGAUGAGUUCAUUUCACAUCUGAAUCGGGUUAUGCACACUCGCGAUAGCCAUGAUGCCGUCAUUCUGUUUCUAGCUUGCGCGACACAUUUUAUCGCAACCGCACUCGAAACUUCAGUAUCCGAACGAUUGAUCCAGUGGAUUACCAGGCUCAGCAGCUUGUUAUUAAAAAACAUGCCGUCGAGACUAUCUACAUCAUUACCAUUUUCCAAGCUGGGUUCGCAUAUGACGACAGCUAGUGCCUACAAACUAUUUCUUGCUGAGCGGGCGAGAGCAGUUUCCAAUAUCUUUGAUGAUUGGCAAAUCAUAACACGAUUAUGGGGACUGCUUGCGAUAUGGGCUGAAUCUAAAGAGUAUAUUGUGAGCCUCAUGAGGACAAGAGACGUGAACAAGGAACGUAACGAGAACCCGAAAGAUUAUCUUGUCAGCAAAGCAAUCAGAGCCACAUAUAUCCUUGGGUUGCUUAGCUACCUUAGCUUCGAGAACCUGGCAUGGCUUACGAGACGCGGCGUGCUCAGAAAGUCGGAAAAGAGGGAAUCGAAGCUUAUGAUUUGGUCAUUGAAGGGAUGGGGUGUCUACGUCUUUGCUGAACUUGCACAGCUAUUUCACGACCGUUCGUUAAAGAAUCGUGGAUUUAAGGACGAUGAUGAGGGUUCUGCAGUACAAUGGAGAAGAAAGCUUGUGCAGAUGCUGAUAUAUGGCCCAGUGACAGUUCAUUGGAUCAAGGGUGGAGGAAUAUUCCCAGAAGUGGUUGCUUCCUUCUUGGUAGCCUAUGCCGAGUACAUAACAGUUCAAGGGUUGUGGAAAGAUGUUGCUUAG